UGCGUUAGAGUAAGGAUGCACAUCGAUGAAGAGAUCGUAUCUUCUCUAACUGGAAAAACAGUAGACGAGAAAGGGAGACUUAGGCGACCGCCAUGAAACCCUUUGUGCUUCUCAUCUCUCUUGUUCUUCUACCACUCUCUGCUUUUACAGCUACAAGGGCUGAAGUUAUAACGCUAACAGCAGAUACCUUCUCCGACAAGGUGAAGGAGAAGGAUGUUGUAUGGUUUGUGCAAUUCUGUGUUCCAUGGUGUAAACAUUGUAAGAACUUGGGUUCACUGUGGGAGGACCUAGGAGUGACGAUGGAAGGGGAAGAUGAAAUAGAGAUAGGACAAGUUGAUUGCUCCACAAGCAAACCUGUUUGUGCCAAAGUUGACAUCCAUUCAUAUCCUACUUUCAAGAUCUUUUAUGAUGGGGAAGAAGUUGCAAAAUAUCAGGGCCCUAGGGAUGUUGAGUCUCUCAAAACAUUUGUGUUAGAAGAAGCAGAGAAAGCAGCAGCAAAAGCACAGCUUGAUAGUGAUAAAGAUUUGUGAUGAUAUAUCAUUCUUUGUUACUUAAUUUGGAAUAAUCGGAUUAUCUUUAAACAUGAAGAACUAGAUCCCCACAAAGUUCUCUCAACAGGUACUACCUACCUGUUCUCCCUACAAAGUUAUCUUUCCAAACUAUGAUUUUAUUUUAAUGAUUUCUGUCUCGGUUAAGAAUCUGAAUCUCAAAAUGAGUGGAUGGACAAUCUGCUUCUUAUACAAAAGGGAAUGUCUCUCAUUCACGACCGAUUACUUAAUGACAAGGGAUUCGAUUGAAGCAGCAUCCAAGGGUUCCUCAUCAGAGUUCAACAGGUGCAACUGAAAGGAUGGAUGAUAAAAGAGGUGUGGACAAAUUCUGAAGAUCUUGAUAGGUUUUUUGUCUAACCUUAGAACAACUUCAUGGCUUUGGAACACAAUUCCUCUCUUUUUGAAUGUCUAUAAUACUAUAAGUAACAUUCCUCUUCAACCCUUAGGGGGUAGCGCAGUUGAUGAGCAAUAAACUUAGUACGAGCUGUAAACUUAAA